AUGGGUUUAAACACCACAGGCCAGUUCACCUUCAAGUGCUUCCACAAAGACACUCCCAACGACUUUGUAUGGACCAGCACCAAGUUGGAAGACUUUGACAUCAAUGGAUCCGACUUCACUGCCAAUGAGGGAGGCGUCCAGAUCCUUUACAAUUCCGAGAAGCAGCAGUACACUGUGCGGUCUAAUGUCAACGAGGAGAGUGUAGUGGAUCUUGUGUUCCAGAAAACUGUUGAAGGUGUGAAGUUCGGAAAGGAUGGAACUACGCUCUAUGGAGAGGAUGUGGAAAAUCCAUGGGGCAGCAUGCGUCACAUCUUCUGGCCUAGGUGUUCCAUCACUGGAACUAUAGAUCUCAAAUCUAAAGAACAGAAGAUCGAAAUUGAUGGUUUGGGAAUGUACGUGUUUGCACUGCAAGGGAUGAAGCCUCACCAUGCUGCUGCAUCCUGGAAUUUCCUUAAUUACAUCAGUCCUUCCCACUCUGUGGUGAUGAUGGAGUUCACCACCCCGCAGUCGUACGGACGUACACGGGUGAAUGUGGGAAUCGUCACCGAUACAACAAAGGUACUUGCAGGAACUAUUGACAACAGUGUGGUGUUCAAUGAUCGCGAAAUCGACGAGGUUGGCUGGUCAAUCCCCAAAAACAUUGAGUUUGACCUGGACGGUUUCGACCAAGAUGAUAAACCUAUCAAGGCGAUUGUUAAGGGCAGCCUUACAAAUCUGGGUGAGAGAGUCGACAUUAUGCACGAGAUCCCCACAUUUGUGAAGAACCUGGUAAGUGGAAUUGCGGGAACAAGGCCAUACAUCUACCAGUUCUGUAACAAGAUGGAGCUCGAUAUCGAGGCACUCGGCGUUUCCGAAUCGGGGCUCGCCUAUAAUGAAAUCACCUUCAUCAGUGAUUGA